GGAGCCCGAGACAAGAUUGCAGCCGGCACACUGAGACACACAGCCGCAGCAAGAGUGUGUGAGAAGAAAAAUAAAAGGUAUAAAGACAACCUGAGAAUCAGUUGGGUGUAACAGGGUGAACAAGAGGCUGAGAGAGGAGCACAGGGAAGGAAGAGGAGGGUGAGAAAGAGUCAGAGAGAGACACAGGGAAGAGGACAGGCAUCACAGUGUGGAACAGGUUCUUCUUUCUGCAGCCCUCACUCAGCCUCUGCAGACAUGCCUAACUUUGCCGGCACCUGGAAGAUGAAGAAGAGUGAGAAUUUUGAUGAACUUCUCAAAGCCUUGGGAGUGAACACCAUGCUGAGGAAGGUGGCUGUAGCAGCGGCCUCCAACCCCCACGUGGAGAUCCGUCAGGAUGGGGAGAAGUUCUACAUCAAAACAUCCACCACUGUUCGCACCACCGAAAUCAACUUCCACAUCGGUGAAGAGUUUGAUGAGGAGACAGUGGAUGGACGGAAGUGCAAGAGUCUCGCCACCUGGGAGACGGAGAACAAGAUGUACUGCAAGCAGACUUUGGUGGAUGGCGAUGGCCCCAAAACCUUCUGGACCCGAGAGCUGAACGGCGAUGAGCUCACACUGACUUUCGGGGCAGAUGACGUAGUUUGCACACGGAUUUACUUCCGAGAAUGAAGCUCUGCGACCUCCGUCAGGACGAGGCAGGAACCCGAUUGGACCACAACCUCUCUAAAACCCAAUAGCACUCUGCCAUGCUAACACGCUUACACAUUUUGCAAAUUCUUCAGUGUUUUCACUCAAACUGCAUAGUUCCCACAAACAGUAGCAAUGUCUCUGUAAUCUGGUCAUUUGUAGUGAGUAUUGCUUCAGCAGUAGCUGGAUAUGUCUGUGUUCAUAUCUGCAACCCUGGUGUCAGAUGUUUGCGUAGGAUUCUGUCGUCAGUUGCAUCAAUUACGACUCCAUGUUCAGUGACAGGAAACAAUAAAAAAUGGAACAAACA